UCUUAUUCUUAUUCUUAUUGCCUAAUCAUAAACAUGAGUUACUUCAUGAUGAACAAACUAGUGUUUAAGUUAUUCAUUAUUAGUUCCUUCAUCAAUACCUUCAUCAACUGCCAGGAAGGCGAUAUUGGAGCCAACUGAACUGAGUUUAGCUCUAAAUUAACCUCCAGCAUCCCACAAUACCUUAAUUCCAAUUGGUUCAGUAUUUGGGUUCCAGUGCAUCCACACCUGCUCAUCCAAUUUCAGGGCAAGUGGUCCACUUUGGGAGCAGGACAGCCUGAGCCACUCAUGCUACAAUAACACAUGCAUCAGUACACUCUUAUAAAUAAAGGUUCUAUCUAGCACCCACUCUGGGGGAACACUUACAUCAAUGUAGAACCCUACAGCAGAGGGUUCCAAAUUAGCAUUUUGUAAUGAUAAGUUACGCCGCCCCUUGCUGUGAUAAAAGCACCAAUCCAGUUACGAAUUCCACCAGUGUCUUGAGUUCCUGUCAAUUUUAGUUCGCUCUUCCACUGACUGGUUGCACAAUUCAGCUAGAAUUUGUGAGUGCUUAUUUUGCUUCACCUCCUGCUCCAAAUAGUCCCACAAGUUUUAUAUGGGAUUGAGGUCUGGUACAGGGUUCCAUCAUGUUAGUCAGACAGAUCGCACAGGGAUUUGACACUAUGCACCCUCCAGCUAUCAUCCUGGAACAUGGGAGUGUCAGUGGUGAGUUCAUCAGUUCAUCAACAAUUGCAGAGUCUGGCCAUCAACUGACAGUCUGGUUUUUCUAAGUUACAUUUGUGCAGGUGUGCAACCUGCUGACACUGUACAAUAAGGCUGUUAUUGUUAGAUGUGGCUCAUUUUUUUUUUGUCCAGGGAGCUUAGAACCAAUUUAGUAAGCUAAGUAUCCUUAAUUAUCCAGUAAAUCCUUUUGUAAACACUUCAAAUAGUCAUCUGAAAUGAAUGGAAUCCAGCAGACUAUUAUAAGGUAUCUUGCAAAAAGUGGAUAAAAAAGAUACUCAUAAUGAAUAAUGUCCAAUACUUUAUUUGUUCAGGUUCAAUUAAUAAAUAUUCAUGAAGUGGUAAUUAUUACUCUCAGCCACUGACGCUCCUCUUAGGGCUCACACGGUGUCUGAUAAUUUGUCUACACUUUUCUGGCUUCAAGCUUCAGGAUCUUAAAGACCGUCAUCUGUAUAUGUGCACACAUAUGUGCACUAGUGUCUGACUGACUGGCAAACAAACGCCAUAAUUCACUGCACGUGUGCAAACAAGGUAUUGGAUCAGCCAAUCACUGGAUUGAAAACUAAUUCACAGCAUCCCAUCUUUAUUAUAACAAGUUUAUUUAAAACUUUGUUCAAAGGUUUGUUUAACAUAGUUAGAGAUGAGUAGGUGUGUCCCGUACCCUUUUGCCAAGGGGCUCUAGGAAAAUUGGUCAGUUGUAAUGCUAAUUAAAUGACCUGUUCAGGUUAAAGCAGGUGGUUCUUGGGCACAUUUAGUGAAGAAUCAUACCAGAUUCCUUAACAAAGCUAGAAGUUUGGCUUGUGGGACUGGAUAAUUAUAAACUCAAAGCUCAUAUAUGGAUUACAGUCAGUAUUAAAAAGGACAUUGGGGAAAAGUACAUUGCAGGUUUUGUUGUCUCUCUUGUCUAUCCUUUCUCUCUGUGUUUUCUGUAGUUAGAGCACUGAUGUUCUCAGGCUUUGCAUCAGUUAUUAAAUGCAAGAUUGUCAUAUUCCUGUUUUUCUUUUUCAUCUUACAUCAUUUUAAUUGUUACUAUUAUUACUAUUAUAAGUAUUAAUUUCUGUUCUUUAUUCUCUUUCUUAUAUGAAUGCUUGCUGAUGUAACUAUUUGUGAAUCACAGUCUUCUUUUUUCUGUGAUGAUUUAACAAUACUGUAACUGCAUAAGGUCAUGCCAGUAAAGCUUAGUGAAUUGAAUGGAAUUGAAUUGAAUUGAAUCGAGAGACUUAGAGAGAGAGAGAGAGAGAGAGAGAGAGAGAAUGUGCACAAGUGUGCAUGUGAUAAUAAGAUGUCUGUUCAGUAAGUACUACACCUACACUAUCAUCUCGGGGGCCCUGUUGUAAUCAUCUAUACAUCCUCACCCAUCUUCUUUCACCCAUCUCUCUUUUCCUUUCGGUCUUUUUUUCUCAGUCAGUGUGACAUUCUGUCAUGUUAUCUAAAGGGACACUAUGAGUGAUGGGUUGCCAGUACCUCACAGUGGCACCUGUCAAAGCACUGAGUGAAAGGUGUUUAUUCGUAUGACUCCAGUAUAUGUCCAACCAGCAGAGCCUUCAAUCACCCUGGCAGGCUACAGACAGCUCGCACAAGACAGCCUCACUUGUUUGAUAAAACAGACGCUGGAGUUUUCAACAAGGAAAGGAUCUGGAUUAUUGACACAGAGCACUGGAGCAUUCAUUUUAAAACCUCCGUGUUUGUCCAGGGCAUGAGAACAGGCAUCAGUGGCAUAAAUCUCUUAAUCUGGUCGGCACGAGCCAAAGAAUUAAGGGAGCAUAUGGUGAGAUCUUCUGUCAGGAAAGCAGAAGCGCUAAAGUGUACUCUGUGACUGAAAGGGUCAUGUGGACAUGUACAGAUGGAGCCGAUUACACAUGCUCACGCACAGUAAUGCAAACUUGCUUCAGCUCCCUCUCACACUCACACUUACAAACGCACUAAUAAACACACCAGGAGAAGCAUUAGCACCAUGCAGCAUAUGUCCAGAAGUACAGUCACACCCCACAAGUCUCCUCUAUCCAUCUUUAUCUCUCUCUCUCUGUCCAUCUUUCUCUUUGUCACUGUUGACAUCUUUAAAAAAGAGACAACAUCUUAGCAUUUGCCCUGCAUGGAAUUUUCAGGCGGUGAGCUACUUAUUGCAUUACUGCCGUGAUGUGACAGUUUGCUGAGUGGAUAUCAUUAAAUUGUUUAACACACAUUAUGCGUAGCUGCACAGCUCCAAGGUUUCCGGUUUGAUCCUGAGCUCAGGUUACUGUCUGUGUGGAAUUUCACAUGUUCUCCAGGUUCUUUGGUGUGUGAACUGGUGACUCUGUAUUUCCCGGAGGUGUGAAUGACUGUGUACAUAUGUGUCUGUGGUGUACUCAUGCUAGCCUGCAAAGAACGGCUUGUCCCAUGUUCCUGGAUAGGCGCUGGAUCCAUUGUGACCCUGACCAGGAUAAAUCGCUUACUGUAGAUGAAUGAAUUAAUGAAUAUUGUAGACAAUAAUGACUGGUAUAAAACUAAUAAAAUAGCUGGACUGAAUGAGUAGUUAAUGAGUCAGAAAAAAUACAGAUUGUAAGGAUUAAGCUUUUUCAGUAAUUGUCUCUGAGUAUUUUUAUUUUUACACUUCGCUGCUUUACAAUGCUGAAGGUUGCAGGCUGAUUGUCUAUCUGCACUUUAAUGUAUAGCCUACACGCUUCCCUAUGUCAGUUUACUAAAGGAAAAAAAAACUGUGACAUAAUGAACUUUUAAGAAUAAGAUGUAACUGAAUUAAAAAAGAAUUUGCAGCAUCCCAUCUUUAUAACAUCACUGAGUUUUGUUUGUAAUAGAAAUACCUUUGUGUGUUUGCUGACAAGCUUUGGGAAAAGUUGUCACAAUUUCCCACCUUGCUUCAACGUUCACAUGGCGAUGUACCCCUAUUUCUAUUGUACUCCUGUUUCCGCCCCCCCGUUCUGUCACUGGUUUGUUAACUGUCUGUGUUCACCUGUUUAGUGUUAGUCCUUGAUUCGUUUUUUCUAUGUAUACCCUGUUGUAUCACUGUAUUGUUGCAAAAUCUUAUCACACAUUUUUUAGGGGAUUUUUUCUCCCUAAUUUGGUCUUGGCUAAUACCCAUCCACCAGUUAGGGCUCCCGUAACACCUACAAACCGGGGAGGGUCAAGGCUAUCACAUGCUUCCUCUGGGACACAUGAAGCCAGCCAGCUGCAUCUUUUUAAACUGCUGCUCAUGCUGCAUCACAGGGCAGUGUAACACACAUGGAGGAAAGUGCUAUCUAGCCCCUACCACAUGCAUGAGCUCACAGAUGCCCUAUGAUUGGCUAGUGUCGCUGUGAUUGAGAGAGAGAGUAUGCCAUCCCUCCCACCCAAAACCACACCCAAUUAUUAUUAUGGACUAUGACUACCAGUGUUUUGAUCCCUGCUAUGAUUAAGACUAUGAUUCUUGUUGGACUCAGGACAUUUCCCCUCCCUGCCAGCAGAGGUCACACUCACCAGAAUACUAGCACAACUUUUAACUGUUAGCGCAACUUCCUCAUUUUAGUGUAUAUAAACUUUUCACGGACAUUGCAAAGUCUUGCCAUUCCCUGCAGUUGAGUCCAGAUUGGUAUUUGGUGAGAGUUGAGCUCACAGUCCUGGAUGUCAAUGAUAAUGCUCCAGAGUGGACAAUGGUACCCUUCCCCUACCUGGCAGUGGUGUCUCCCAGCGCAGCCCCCAGCACACUCGUCUACAAGCUCACAGCUCGGGACGGUGAUGAGGGUAUCAAUGGCGAGGUGGAAUACUUCCUGUCUGAUGGAGGUGAUGGGCGAUUUGAUGUGGACAGAAAGACGGGUCAUGUGCGGACCACGGGUUUGCCUCUGCAGAGGGACAGAGAAUAUGUACUGACCGUUAUGGCUGCUGACCGUCUGGGGAGUCGCAGUCUUCCUGCCAUCCUUUCUGUGGUAGCAGGACCCAGAGCUCCACAAUUUACCAACGCCUCCUACACAAUAUCCAUACCCGAAAACACACUGGAGGGACAGCCCUUUCUGGUCACUCCGGCGUUGUCUUUCCAGAAGGAGCCGAUCAGCUACAGCUUGCUUAUCAACCCCAGCAGCCUGUUCAGCAUUGAUCAGGAGAGUGGAGAGAUCAGCCUGACCCGCAGUCUUGACUAUGAGACUGAUCAGCACCGCUACCUGCUGCUCGUGAGAGCCAGCGAGAACAAGGAGAGCCUGAGCAGUGCUGCAGAGGUACGUGUCAUCAUCAUGGACGAGAAUGACUGUGUUCCAGAGUUCCUGCAGUCCAUUUAUAGCAAAGAAGGCGUCCCAGAAACAGUAACGACAGCAACGUCUCUGCUUCAAGUGUCAGCCAGCGACUGUGACUCGGAGCAGAAUGCUGACAUCACUUACUACACACUGAGCUCUGAUUUCAUCAUCUCCCCCCAUGGCACUAUCUUCCCGGCAGGCGCUCUGGAUUACGAACGCCCCAACCAUUUGUAUGAGUUUGUGGUAAUGGCCGUGGAUAAGGGCGAGGUGCCGCGGACAGGCACAGCUACGGUACGCCUGCGUAUGGCCAAUGUCAACGAUGAGCCUCCCGAAUUCUCUCAGCCAGUAUAUCGUACUUUUGUGUCUGAAGAUGCUGGUCCCAACACCUUGGUUGCAACGGUACUGGCUAAAGAUCCAGAUGGUGACGGAAUCAUGUACAAAAUCUCAGCAGGCAAUGAAGAAGGCAAUUUUGUCAUUGACAGUCAAAAAGGGCUGAUCCGCCUUCGCUCCAGUCCUCCACCAAAAUUGCAGGGGGUGGAGUACAUCUUGAACAUCACAGCCACAGAUGACAAUGCCUCUGGAGGACCUCAGUCUCUAUCAGCCAUGGCCCAGGUCAUUGUGGGAGUGGAUGAUGUCAACAACAACAAGCCCAUCUUUGAGAAGUGUCAGCAGUAUAAGGAGAUGGCGUCUGUUCCAGAAAAUAAGCCGGCAGGAACGUUUGUGCUGCAGGUACACGCUGUAGAUGCUGAUGAGGGAGCCAAUGGGAAAGUGACGUAUGGCUUUAUGCACAAAGACAGCAUGGUUCCAGCCUUCAACAUCGAUCCUGAGACAGGUGCGAUCACGACUGCAAGAAAGUUUGAUAGGGAGCGACAGAGGGAGUACGCAGUGACAGUCACGGCUACGGAUCAGGCAGCAGAUCCUCUCAUAGGCAUCUGCCAACUCAACAUCCUCAUACUGGAUGAGAAUGACAACAGUCCGAAGUUUGAGAAUCUGCGCUAUGAGUACUUCUUGAGGGAAGACACCAUGAUUGGCACCAGUUUCCUGCGAGUUGCUGCACAUGAUGAUGACUACAGCACCAACGCAGUCAUCACAUAUUCCAUGUCUAAAGAGCAGCCAGAAUACCUGCGAGUCAAUCCUGUGACAGGCUGGGUUUACGUCAACCAGCCCAUCUCUCAGAGGACCUACAUCACCAGAGAGAUCAUAGCCACAGAUGGAGGGAACCGGAGUAGCUCUGUUGAGUUGGCUGUCACCAUCACCAAUGUGAAAAACCAACCUCCUCAAUGGGAGAAGGAAAGCUAUGAAGUGGUCAUACCAGAGAACACUGUCAGAGACACUCCCAUCGUGACAGUGAAAGCCACCUCUCCACUGGGUGACCCCAGAGUGACCUAUAACCUGGAAGAUGGCAUGGUACCUGAGACCAACAUGCCUGUGCGUUUCUACCUGACGCCUAACCGAGAAGACGGAUCAGCCUCCAUCCUGGUGGCCGAGCCGCUGGAUUAUGAAACCACACGCAACUUUAUGCUCCGAGUACGCGCUCAGAACGUUGCCGCUGUGCCUUUAGCUGCUUUUACAACCGUGUAUGUCAACCUAACAGAUGUGAACGACAAUGUUCCAUUCUUCACCUCCUCUAUUUAUGAGGCCUCUGUGACAGAAGGGGUCGAGGUCGGGACUCUGGUCCUGCAAGUGUCUGCCAAUGACCUCGAUCUGGGUUUAAAUGGAAAGAUCUCCUACUCUUUGCUGAACGACCGCAGUGGAGACUAUCAGUUCUUCCGCAUUGAUCCAGAACUGGGCUCCAUCUACACCGAAGCAGUGUUCGACCGGGAGACUAAGGGUUCCUAUCUUUUAGAAGUGAACUCUAUGGACGGCUGGGAGUCUGCCAGGCCAGGAAGGCAUGGACAGCCUAACUCUGACACGGCGUAUGUGCGGAUUUUCAUCAGUGAUGUGAAUGAUAACAAGCCGGUGUUCGCGCAGACGGUGUAUGAAGUCGAUGUGGAUGAGGAUGCGGAUGUUGGCUCCACCAUCCUCACCGUUAGCGCUAAUGAUGAAGAUGAAGGUGCCAAUGCUAAGCUGCGCUACCAGAUUACCGCAGGUAACACAGGCGGCGUCUUUGAUGUGGAGCCUGAGGUGGGCACCAUCUUUAUCGCCCAACCACUGGACUAUGAGCAAACCAAACGUUACAAGCUGUAUGUGUUGGCCUCGGAUGGGAAGUGGGAAGACUACACCGCUGUUGUUGUCAGUGUGGUGAAUAAGAAUGAUGAGGCACCUGUGUUCUCUGUCAAUGAGUACUACGGCAGCGUGACAGAGGAGCUGGAUGGUUCGCCAGUGUUCGUACUGCAGGUAACAGCCACUGACCCAGAUAAGGAUGCUGACCAAGAGGCUCUACGCUACUCGCUGCAUGGUCAGGGAGCUGAAAGUGAAUUCAUCAUUGAUGAGGUGACAGGGAAGAUCUAUGCCCAGAGGACUUUGGACCGAGAGGCACGGGCUGUAUGGCGCUUUGUGGUUUUAGCCACAGAUGAGGGUGGCGAAGGCCUGACUGGAUUUACUGAUGUCAUCAUUAGUGUGUGGGAUAUUAACGACAAUGCCCCCAUCUUUGCCUGUGCACCAGACAACUGUCAUGGAGAUGUGGCUGAGAACUCCCCACCUGGCACUUCGGUCAUGGAGAUGACUGCCACUGAUUUGGAUGAUGCAGCUGUAGGGCAGAAUGCCGUACUAACAUAUAGAAUUGUUGGUAAUGCAGCCUUGAGUGGAGGCAACAGUGGGGUGGAUAUGUUUACUAUCAACCCAGCUACUGGAACCAUCUCAUUGGCCAAGGCUGGCCUGGACCGGGAGCAGACAGAUUCAUACCUCCUACUGGUAGAGGCCAGGGACGGAGGUGGGAUGACGGGUACAGCCACUGCUGCCAUCCAUGUAACAGAUGUGAACGACCACACUCCUCGGUUCUUGGACCGGUCUUGUUCAGCACGGAUCCCUGAGAGCAGUGAGCCCAACACUGCCCUCCUUGACCUGGUCGCUGAAGACGCAGAUGCUGGUGAGAAUGGUCAGCUGACAUUCAGUGUGGUAUCCGGAGACCCAGAGCAGAAGUUCUACAUGGUGAGUCACCGGCAGGAGCAACGGGGAACCCUACGGCUCAAGAAGCGAUUGGAUUUUGAGAGGCCGGGUGAGCAACGCUUCAAUCUUACCAUUAAGGUGGAGGAUCUGGACUAUUCCAGCCUCCUCCAUUGUACCUUAGAGGUAGAGGACUGCAAUGACCAUGCUCCAGUCUUCAUCCCUCACUUCCUGCAGAUUCCUGACCUGAGAGAGGAUGUUUUGAUUGGUACUAGUGUUGCUUCAGUGGUUGCCAGUGACUCAGAUUCUGGUCUGAAUCGGGAGAUUAGCUACAGUAUAGCACCUGAAUCUGACCCAUAUGGUCUCUUCUCAGUUGAUCAGACUGGACUGGUGACUGUGGCCGGGCAGCUGGACCGCGAGAUUACCGCCCAGCAUAACUUGAUCAUCCUUGCAUCUGACCACGGGACUCCACCAUUGACUGGAACUGCCACUAUUCACAUCUCCCUGCUGGAUGUAAAUGACAACGGGCCUGAGUUUGAGUCUGCAUACUCGCCUGUAGUGUGGGAGAAUGUUCCAGGGCCGCAGUUGGUACAUCUCAACACCAGCUCUACGUUGCUUAGAGCUGUUGAUCGAGACUCUGUAGAAAAUGGUUCACCUUUCUCCUUCACUGUCCCUCCUGAAUACCGUUACAGCAAUGACUUUUACCUGCAAGAUAACAGGAAUGACACGGCCACCAUCACAGCCCUCAGAGCCUUUGACCGAGAGAGACAGAAAGAGUUCCUUCUGCCAGUCAUCAUGACUGACAGUGGAAAACCACCCAAAACAGUCACCAGCACGCUCACUAUCACUAUCGGUGACAAGAAUGACCAUGCCCAUGUUGCUGGAGAGAAGACAAUAUAUCUUAACAGUCACAGAGGGAGAAUGCCGACAUCUGUUUUGGGAAAGGUGUAUGCUCCAGAUCCUGAUGACUGGGACAACAAAACCUAUGCAUUUGAAGGACAUGUUCCUAAUUACUUCAUCCUGAACAAGAGGACAGGUUUUCUGGUUAUAAAAGAGAAUGCUCCACCUGGCACCUAUGAGUUCCAGGUUCGUGUGUCAGAUGGCGAGUGGCCAGAUGCUGUGUCCAGCGUCAGAGUUCACGUACGAGAGUUACGGGACGAGAUCAUCUACAACUCUGCCUCACUUCGUCUUGCAGACAUCACCGCAAAAGAGUUCAUGGAGCAGCGAGGGGGUCUGCGGAGCAGAUACGAGUUGUUGGGAGACUUCCUCUCUGAGAUGAUGUCUGUUGGCGUGGACGAUGUUAAUAUCUUCAGCCUUAUAGAAGUGCGAGACAGGACCCUGGACGUGCGUUUCUCUGUGCACAGUACCCCCUUCCAGCGUGCCGAGAGACUGCAUGGAUAUCUCGCUGCUCAUAAACAGAAGUUGCAGUCAUUCCUGCAGGUGAACGUUACCCAGGUGCACGUGGACGAAUGUGUGGCGGUGGACUGCAGCGGAGGGGGAGGCUGUAUGAACAGGCUAAGUGUGAGCGAGAGGCCCUCCGUGGUGGAUUCAGACAGUAUGGCUCUGGUGUCAGUGACACUGGAGUCCACGGCUGUGUGCAGCUGCUCGGCUCGGGAGCACCUGCACCAGGGCUGCUCCACCUACCCCAGGAACCCCUGCCACAAUGGAGGAGUGUGUGUGGAUACGCAGAAUGGAUACAGAUGUCAGUGUCCGGCACAGUUUGAUGGACCUGAAUGUCAGCAGACCAAGCAUAGUUUCCAUGGCAACGGCUAUGCCUGGUUUCCUCCCAUAAGGCCAUGUUUUGAGAGCCACCUCUCUCUGGAGUUCAUCACGGAGGUGGCAGACGGUCUGCUGCUCUACAGCGGCCCGCUCGCCCCAUUGCAACCCUGGGAACCUGAGGAUUUCAUGGCUAUAGAGCUGAUCGACGGCACUCCCACCCUGAAGAUAAACCACGGCUCGGGCACUCUAGUCCUGCAGUUGCCGGGCAACGUGAAUGUGGCGGACAGACGGUGGCACAGACUGGAUGUGAGGAGCAAUAGCAAGGAUGUGCGCUUCACAUUAGACCGCUGUGCUGGAGCCACAGUUAUGGAGAUGGAGGGUGUAGGCAGCUGGCUGACCACCGAGGACCACACUUCCUGUGAGGUGACGGGAGUCACACCAAAUCUGGACAGGCAUCUGAAUGGGACGCAGGUGCUGCAGCUGGGAGGAGUGAACGAGAACGUGCCCUACAUCUACCCCCAGCUCCAGCACAAACACUUCACCGGCUGCAUCAGCAACCUCGUCGUCGACAGCAAGGUGUAUGAUCUGGGUUCUCCAGCUGAUUCCUCCGGGAGCUCUCCUGGCUGCUCGAUGACUGACAGGAGCUGCGUGAACAUGGGCUUCCCUUCGUGUGGCACCAGGGGUCGUUGCCAUGGCGAAUGGGGCUCCUUUAGCUGCCAGUGCAUAGCCGGGUACAGCGGGCAUCAGUGUGAACAGGAGCUUCCUGAGUAUUCCUUUGAUGGCAGGAGCUAUGUGCAUUAUCAGCUGUCUGGGCUGCUCCAAGCCAGACACACACAGGUGCAGGUUUUGAUCCGAACUCGCAAACACAGCAGCUCCAUCCUCAGCCUGCUCUCUGCAGCACAGAAUGAGUACAUCCGACUGGAGAUAUUUCAGGGCUUGUUAGCUGUCUUCUACAACCUCGGAGAUGGAGACUUCAACCUGACACUGCUCUCGCAUCGCCUGGACAACGGUGAGUGGCACGAAGUUCACCUGGAGCGCCACGAUAAUGAGAUGUCUCUGAGUGUAGAUGGCGGCGGUGGACGAAGAGAGGUCACAGGGUCACCUGGACGCAGCCGGGAGAUCAUCAUUGACCCCUCCUUGGUCAUGCUGGGAAACUCGUUCCCAACUGGACACAACAAGAGCUUCCAAGGUUGCAUGCGCGACUUGAGGCUAAACGGCCGCUCCAUGCCUUUGGACACUCAGCCCAAAGAUGGUGUGUUAGUGCUUAGCACUGUGGGAGUGACACUGGGCUGCUCCUCAGACUCCUGCAGGAGGAAUCAAUGUAGCCCUCCAUUCACCUGCGUCGACCUGUGGAGGAUCCACGAGUGCAGGUGUCCGCCGGGUCACAUGGUCAAGGCCAACGCUACAGGCAAAUUCUGUGUGUACACCCUGUGUGCCAGCCGGCCGUGCCAUCGGGGCACCUGUGUGGCCCAGUCACCCUCCAAAUUCACAUGCGAGUGUCCAGAGGGCUACAGGGGGCGCCACUGUGAGGUCACACUGGCCGUCUAUCAUGACGACGUGGGCCUGAGCUUCAGAUCGCUCUUUGCCAUAUGCAUCUGCUUCAUGGCACUGCUAGUUCUCCUGCUGGGGAUCUUUCUGUAUACACGCUGGCGGAGCUACAAGGGCCUGAAGGAGGGCGUGUACCACGUUUCUGCUCACCACGAUGGCUGGGAGGACAUCCGGGAGAACGUGCUGAACUAUGACGAGGAAGGAGGGGGCGAGGAAGAUCAGAAUGCUUAUGACAUGGCAGAACUGCAGAAGUCCCUGCAGCCAAGUCCGGCCCAGUCUGUGCAGUACAGUCGCUCUCGAGCCCUUCAUCAUUAUCACGCCCCCAUCCAACAGCAACAACACCACCUCCACCAGUCGGACCCACCAUCCCGAGCUCCAACAGCUACUAGCACUUCCUCUGUGUCGUCCAGCAGUACUACCCUACGCAGAGACGUGCCCCUGAACCACGCUCCUGCCCAGGGCCAGUGCGCCGCCCCCGCAGCCGCCCGCACUGCCCAGCUCGCCCGCAAGAGCUUGUCCUUCUCCAGCCAGGACCUAGCACGCUACUUGUGCGAGAUCAUCCGAGAUGCCGAGCAACACGCAGACUCUGCGCCCGCUGACUCGCUUCAGGUGUUCUCUACUGAAGGCGGAGGUUCUCCAGCUGGUUCACUCAGCUCCUUCAGCUCAGCUGGUCUGGAUGAGAGCAGCGCUGCUGGACACGAGUGCCUCAAAGAUUGGGGGCCGCGGUUCGAUAAACUCCGAGCACUUUAUGAGAGGGCGGAGGCUAGCGACCUCUAAGCACACUUUUCUGGAACAUGUGAGCGUCAGGGAUGGACCCAGAAUCACAGGGAAUCUUUUUUUCUUUUGUAAAGCCGAACAAGGUCUGCUUUGCUUUCUGUCCUUGACUGGGAUUGUGAUUCUUUACAAAACAUUUCUCCUGAGAUCCGAAUGAAACGGAGACAGGCUGUUGUCCCUGGACUAUCAAUGAGCCACAAAUGGGAAAUGCCAGUCAAAGAAAUAAGCGUCCGUAUAUGACACUUAAUCUUGCCCUGCAAAAAAAAAAAAAAAAACACUUUUCAGCCGCAACUCGUGGGUGACAAUAUCGGAAAGUGAUAGCAUCCGUUAACUUUGAGUCCUAUUGGAGAAAAGCCUCACACUCUGAUCUUUUCUUAUGUGCUGUCCUACAUGUCUGCAUUCUAUAAGUGUUUUGAAUAAAAAGGAAAAGUGCUUGGACAUUUAAGAUGGGAUCUUUUUUUUUUUCCAUGGCCUUCCUUGGUUUGCUUUUCUAAACGCAUUUGCUACUUGUGCUGUCAAAGUACCCGCAACGUUCAUCAGUUACACCUCCAAACUCGGUCACAGCUUAUUUUUUUAUUCACACCACUCUCCUCAUAAAUUUUAACUCCCCUUCAGAUGGAGGGAAGAAGUGACUGUGAAAAAAAUGAGGAGGAUGUAGUACGAAGCACUAAAGAAAAUGAGGCUGAGAGCAGGCUUAUUGUUCAGCCUUUUCUACAAUGUUGGAUGGGAAUACAAAUUGUGCCCUCUCUCUCGAGUGGAGUCGGAAUACAAAUAUAUUUGGGACACGGGUGGUGGACGUACAUGUUGGAGCAAACUAAAGGAUGUAGACGAGGUUUUCACAGAGGCCUUUACUACAAAGUUUGUAUGAAAGAGCUAAAUACAUUUCAUGAAUAUGUGUAUAUGUGCAUAUGUCUUUUUUUUGAGACUGGUUCACAUUAUUGGGUGGUGUUAGGACCUGAAUUCUGCGCAGGAGCUGCUCUCGGUGGUACGAGACUAGUGAGGUUCCACUCCAUUUCGCUCCCUUUAGGAAGCAUUAUGUCCUUAACAAAAACCUGCACAGCAUGUGGCAUUUUUACUCCUGGCAAAAGAACUAUAACUGGAAAGUGAGUAUUUUUUCCCCUUGUCACACCACGCAACCCUGCUGAGAAACCUGAUGAACCUCAGUAUAAAGGUGAAUUCAGCCCAGAACAUUUGGAAGAAAAGUUGGAGGUAAGCGAACCUCCAGCUCCUGACACUAAGCAUUUCAACACAACCCAUUUUAAUGGGUUCAUGAAGCAGCACAAGGCGUGAAAGUUUGUCGUGCCGCUUUUUGCCCAUGUGAAAUGGAAUACAGAAAAGUCACGCAGCCUCCUCCUGUGAGGUCGCAAAUGCCAACAUUGUACUCUAUGCAUCCUGAGGUUACGUUUCUUCCCCCGACCCUCCAUCGUUUUUCUUUUUUCACUUUCAUUCCGGCAUGGUUUUUGUUGUGCAGCUCUUAAUAUGGAGCAUGACAGUGCAGCUGUGGUGUGUAGGAGUGUGCUAAAAGACAUCAGAGCGCUAAUCCUAAUACGAACUGAUCGCUCACUGUCAUGCUGCAAACCAAAGCAUCAUGGGAGAUGCAGAAGUCGGUGGAAAAGUCGUCACUCUUAUUAAGGAUCUCAAAAGUGCCAAUUUUUCCAGAGGCAGCAACAUAAAGCUCGGAAAUGGUACUUGCGUUUUCAUAGACAAGGUAAAGGAUCCAACAGGACUGCAGUUCAGAUUCAUCCCCAUAACACGAUUGAAGAGGGAAAAAAAAAAAAAGUUGUGAGGUGAAAAUAAUAUUCGGUCUCCCAGGUUUUCUAUCAUCUCAGACAGAUCAGUGUCAUCUUAAUUUCACAGACAUAUUUUUUGUGGUGAAUAUAUAGUACUGCAUAUUGUGAGAUGUUUUUACCUCAUUUGUACAUAUCAAAGAAAGUUACUGCUUUUCAAAGAAAUAUCAAGAUCCUGUUUGAGGAAUAUCAAGAUAUCAAGCUUCUGCUGUUGAACGUGAGCUUGUAUUUUAUCAUUUUCCUUUUUUAAGGCAUAUUUCUUUCAGUGGGUGAAAAUAUAUUGACGUUUUGCAUUUUUCUUUCUCAAUGAAUAAAGUUAUUUACUACUA